AUGGACCGCGUAGACUCAUCUGCGGACGAUUCCGCUCUCGAUGAUGGCGACGUACCCGAGCUAUCCGAAGUAGCCGUCCCAAAGCAUCUCGCUACUUCGAUAGUAGCUAGUGGUGCAAAUACAAAUGCAAGACGAUUAUCAUCUGUCGGACAAGACUUUAACUACCCUCUCGACCUUCAUACUUUUCCAGUUUCGCAUCUCUCUGAACGAACGCGACGUCCUUCUGUCAUUCGAGCAGAUUCCGGGACGGAAACGAUAGCCACAAUAGCCUCGUCGCUCAAAGACAGUGUACCCCCAACUAGAACACAGACUUUUGAAAGUACGACUGCAAUUUUGAAUCAAACUCGGCCAUUGCAGUAUGAAGAAUCCCCAGCUGUUACCGAUCAGGUCGCCCGGAAACAGAAUAGGCGAAGCGUUAUUCAGUUUGCCGCUUUGUGUUGGUGCUUUGCUCUAGAAGGCUGGAACGAUGGAUCCGUGGGCCCACUUCUCCCCGUGAUCCAAGCUUACUAUUCUGUUGGAUUUUCCGUUGUAUCGCUGUUAUUUGUGUCCAAUUGUUGUGGUUUUAUCAUUGGGGCUGGAGCAAAUGUUUGGCUCAAUGAACGAUUGGGCUUUGGAAAGGUCAUGAUACUCGGGUCGCUCUUCCUGCUUGCUACAUAUGUCAUUCAAAGUCCUGUGCCUUUGUUCCCCGCGCUGGUGGUUUCUUUUCUUUUCGCUGGAUUUGGCAUGAGCCUUCAGGGCGCGCAAGCCAACGGAUUUGUAGGAAGUCUCAAAAAGAAUAAAUCUCCAAAACUUAUGAUGCUGCAUGCAUCAUAUGGAAUGGGUGCCUUUUGCUCUCCACUGGUCGCAACCCAAUUCUCUCAAGCACGCCACUGGUCCUUUCACUAUAUUAUUUCUGCUGGCAUUGCGGUAUCAAACACUGUAAUUCUAUGCGCUGUAUUUCGAUUUAAACGCCAAGAGGAACUCCUGAUGGAAAUAGGCCAAGAACCCAGUGAAGAUGCGUUCACUACGACUCCAACAUCCGUCAACCUAUAUCAACAGAUAUUCAACAUCCGUGUUGUUCAUCUUCUAGCGGUAUUCGCACUCAUAUAUGUUGGAGUGGAAGUGACCAUCGGAGGCAUGCCGCAGUAUGGCUGGAUCGUUACUUUCAUCAUUCGAGAACGUGACGGAGGUGCUGCGGCUGGAUACAUCUCGUCUGGGUUCUUUGGUGGACUCACUCUGGGUCGGCUCGCACUGAUGUACAUCAACAAGAGGAUCGGUGAACACACAGUAGUAUUUAUCUAUGUCUUACUUUCAAUCGGACUGGAAUUAACAGUUUGGUUUGUGCCAUCCAUUAUCGAGAACGCUGUUGCGGUUUCUUUUGUUGGAGUCCUCCUAGGUCCCUUAUGGCCUAUCUUAGUUGGUCAUGGGGCGCGAGUGAUACCCGCCUACCUCUUCACAGCAUGUAUGGGAUUGAUUACCGGAGUCGGGAUGGCAGGUUCUGCGGCCUUGCCUUUCAUUACUGGUAUACUUGCUUCAAAAUACGGUAUCAAAUCUCUGCAACCGUUCUUGGUUGCAAUGAUGUGUACCAUGGUCGGUCUCUGGGCCUUAAUUCCAAAAACCCGUCGCAUUGCCUGAAAUCAAUGCUUUGUGACCCCCCUUCCCCACAAAAAAAUGGCAAUACCUUGAAUAUGUACGUACAAGUCGUCAGGGUAUGCACUAUAUAUUCUGGAUAUGUUCUGGAUGUUAUACAAAUAUCCUUUACACAACAAUCAAGAGCCAUACAGUGUAGUUAGUUGUAAGUGGUAGUGCUAUAGUCCGCAACGGAGAGGUAAGAGGAGGUAAGUUGAAUGCAGCACCGGGAGCAACGACGGUGCCAUUGGCAGGUUCAUCAAUUCGAGGAGUUGUUGCGGUGACGAGGAGGGAGAGACACA